CCCUUCAUACACCUUCCUCAUUCUCCUGUUCAACUUUUCUAUCUCACUCUUCACUCUUGCUUUCUUAACCUUCAUCCAAGAUAUUCAAAUUUUCAUAGGAAAUUGAAAUUCCUCUACAUUGUGUAAUGGCAUCUUACAAUUAUGUUUAUCCCAAUACCGAAUUUUUAUUAGUGGUUGUGCUAUUAGCUUCAGUAGCUGUAUAUGAAACAGUUGGAGAUGCUAUGGUCACUGGCACCGUCUUCUGUGACCAAUGCAAAGACGGAGAACGGAGUCUCUUUGAUUACCCACUCUCUGGUAUGAAAGUGGCAGUAACAUGUAGCGGAAUCGAUGGGCAAGUAACAAUGAUGAAGGAGGAGACUACCAAUUUGGUUGGGAGUUACUCAAUGAGUUUUGAGGGCAACCCUAAGUUAAGUGGUUGUUAUGCUCAGCUCGUUGGUAGCACUGAUGCAUCAUCAGGCUGUGGGGCAGCUGCUGGACCAGCGCAAAGUUUAAGACUUAUGUUCAGCAUGUUCAAUAUGGAAAUGUAUGCUGUGGACUCCUUGCUAGCUCAACCUUCCAAACCAAUGUCAUUUUGCUCUACAUCUAAUACUACUAGUCCACCAUCACCACCAACUACAAGCCCAUUACCUGGAUCAGGUGGUGCUGGUGGUGGUAGUGGGACUACUCCACCUAUUCUUCCUGUACCCUCACCUCCUAUUGCCAAAAUACCACCACCAACCACUCCCAACCCUCCCCCUGGCUCAGGUAGUGAUGGUGGUAAUCCUGCUUUACCUCUUCCUCAUGCACCAUCACCUCCUACUACCAGAUUACCUCCCAUGCCUUUCCUCCAAGCUUCGGCAUGUCCGUAUGGGGAAUGGACAAAGGCAGAGCAUAAGUGUCACUGGAACGUAGUGGGACCAGAUACGAAAGUAGCCGUUGCUUUCGGACUAAUCGCUGCGGGGAGGUACGGGACAGACAUGACAUUAUGGAAGGGACUUCAGGGGAAAGGGGAUGUUUACAGGACACUCCUGAGGGAAGGGACCACUGCACUACUCAAUUCAUACAACAGUCUUCAGUUUAGGUACCCUACAAUAAGUGUCGGGGAACGCAUGAACUCGGCUUUGAUGGGUUCAACUCGACAAGCACUCCAAAUUGCAUUACGAUUUAAGAGAGCUAAUUCUGGUCUUGCCUACAACAACAACACUGCUGUUCUCUGUAAUCUCACUCCUUGCAAGAAUUGAACUGCUUUAACUACUUAAAGUAGCUAUACAAGUAACAAAUCUAUUUAUAAUUCUAUACCAUAUAUGUAAAAGAUUGAUCACAUCACAUGUACAUGUAUGUGUGUGUACUGUCUCGUAAAUGAACAUCUUUGGUUGUUUGACUAUUUA